AUGGGGGAAAAUCCUACUAAGAGCCAUCAUGCACUGCUUAACCAGGGAGAGGAGAAUGAAAUGGAAAUCUUUGGCUACAAAACCCAGCGCUGCCGGAAGGCCCUGAGCAUUGCUGGGUACAUCUUGUCCUGUGGGGCUCUCCUGCUGCUGUUCUACUGGAAACCAGAAUGGGAUGUGUGGGCAAACUGUGUCCCCUGCAGCUUGGAAGAAGCAGAAGUUGUGUUGCUUAGAACAACAGAUGAAUUUCGGAUUUAUUCACAUAAGCAUGUGACAUGGAUCUCUGUGUCUGGAAUUAUCAGAAGUAGAUUGGAUUAUCCAAGCAUUGCUGAGGAAGAUUCAAUCUUCAACAAAGCCUUAAUGAAGCCAAGUUUACAGGUGAAAAGUAUCCAAGUACAAAAAAUCCGCUAUGUCUGGAAUAUCUAUGCAAAGCAGUUCCAGAAAGUUGGAGCCCUAGAAGACCACCACACUUGUUCAGCUAUACACGCCAAAUUUAGUUCUGGUCUUACCUGCAAUGAACAGAGUCUCAGGAGAGUGAUAUGUGGGCCAAACACUAUUGAUGUCCCAGUGAUCCCUAUUUGGAAACUACUCAUCAAAGAGGUCUUAAAUCCUUUUUACGUAUUCCAGUUGUUCAGUGUUUGUCUGUGGUUUGCUGAAGAUUACAUGGAGUAUGCUGCUGCCAUCAUAAUCAUGUCUCUCCUCUCAAUUUCUUUGACUGUAUAUGAUCUUAGGCAGCAAUCUGUUAAACUGCAAAGACUGGUUGAGUCUCACAACAACAUCAUGGUCACUGUCUGCAGAAAUAAGGAAGGUCUCCAAGAGCUGGAAUCACAUCAUCUUGUUCCUGGAGACAUGAUGGUUUUGAAGGAGGGCAAAGCCCUCUUGCCUUGUGAUGCCAUCUUGAUCAGUGGGCAGUGCAUUGUAAAUGAAAGCAUGCUGACAGGAGAAAGUAUUCCAGUAACAAAGACCCAGUUACCCCAAGCUGAUAACCUGAAGCCCUGGAGAAUGCACUGUGCAGAGGAUUACAAAAAACACAUCCUCUUCUGUGGAACAGAGGUCAUACAGACCAAGGGAGAUGACAGAGGAGCAGUGAAAGCUGUGGUGCUGCAGACUGGUUUCAAUACAGCCAAAGGAGAUCUGGUGAGGUCCAUUCUCUACCCUAAACCCGUGAACUUCAAAUUGUACAGAGAUGCCCUCCGGUUCCUGAUGUGCCUCAUAGCACUUGCAACCAUUGGAAUGAUCUACACAGUGUGUGUAUUUGCACUUAAUGGGGAGGAGGCAGGAGAAGUAGUGAAGAAAGCUUUGGAUGUUAUCACUAUUGCUGUCCCACCAGCCCUACCAGCUGCCUUGACAACAGGAAUCAUUUACACCCAGAGGAGGCUGAAGAAAAAGGGCAUCUUCUGCAUCAGCCCACAAAGAAUCAAUAUGUGUGGACAGCUGAACCUCAUCUGCUUUGACAAAACUGGCACCUUAACAGAAGAUGGCCUGGAUCUCUGGGGCUUGCUGCCCUCUGAAGGAAACUGCUUUCAGGAUGUUCACAGGUUCCCUGCAGACCACAGCCUGCCUUGGAGCCCAGUGUUCAGCGCAAUGGUGGUUUGUCAUUCAUUAGUUGUUCUGGAGGGCAAGAUCCAAGGAGACCCACUGGAUGUGAAAAUGUUUGAGGCAACUAAUUGGGUGAUAGAUGAUUCCAGUGGACACCAGACUGAAAGUCAAAGAUCUACACAUGCCACAGUUGUUAGACCUGGACCUAAAGCCAACUGUGCCUCUGUGGAAGGAAUUACCAUUUUACACCAGUUUCCAUUUUCUUCAGCUUUGCAGAGAAUGUCUGUCAUUGCUCAGGAAAUCGGUGGGGAAAAACACGUCUUCACAAAAGGUGCUCCAGAAAUGGUAGCCGUGUUAUGCAGAGCGGAUACAGUCCCGCCGAACUUUGAAAGUAAGCUUCUGUUCUACACAGCACAAGGCUUUAGGGUGAUUGGACUGGCAUAUAAAUCUCUACAGUCGGGAAAGCAAUCUACUGAUCUAACGAGGGAGGAAGUGGAAUCUGAUCUGACAUUCCUGGGUCUGCUGAUAAUGGAGAAUCGACUGAAGAGAGAUACAAAGCCUGUUCUGGAAGAGCUCAGUGCUGCCCACAUCAGGAGUGUUAUGGUUACAGGUGAUAACAUUCAGACAGCUGUAACUGUUGCAAAGAACGCUGGGAUGAUUUCUCCAACAAACAGAGUUAUUCUUGUGGAAGCAAACAAAGUACCUGGAUCUUUUUCAGCAUCUGUAACAUGGAAACCACUAGAAGAAAAUAAAACUGAAGAUUACGGAAGCCUGGUGAGAGACAGUGACAGUCAGACUGGAAGAAUUAGGUUGGCAGCAGAAUCAGACCAGUUUCAUUUUGCCAUGAGUGGGAAAUCUUACCAAAUUGUAGCACAACAUUUCAGCCACUUGCUUCCAAAGCUCCUGCUAAAUGCAACAGUUUUUGCCAGAAUGUCUCCCAGUCAGAAAUCUAGCCUUGUAGAGGAGUUUCAAAAGCUGGAUUACUUUGUGGGCAUGUGUGGAGAUGGAGCCAAUGACUGUGGGGCUUUGAAAGUGGCACAUGCAGGGAUAUCAUUGUCAGAGCAGGAGGCGUCGGUGGCUUCACCUUUCACAUCUCAAACCCCCAGCAUAGCGUGUGUGCCAGAGCUCAUCAGGGAAGGCCGUGCUGCCCUGGUCACUUCCUUCUGCAUGUUCAAGUACAUGGCUCUAUAUAGCACCAUUCAGUACCUUGGCGUUCUCCUACUCUACUGGCAACUAAACUCCUUUGGGAAUUACCAAUUUUUGUUUCAAGAUCUGGCUAUUACCACUGUAAUUGGUAUGACAAUGAGUUUCACAGAAGCCUACCCAAAGCUGGUUCCCUACAGGCCUCCUAGCCAACUCAUCUCACCUCCCUUGCUGCUCUCCGUCAUACUUAACAUCCUCUUCAGCCUCGGCAUGCAGAUUUUUGGAUUUCUAAUGGUCCAGAAGCAGCCCUGGUAUUCCAAGACUGAUAUACACAGUGCCUGCCUCUCAGUGAACAGCCACAUGGAGAAUUCUUCCUCUGCCUCCAGCCUGGUCCUCCAUGGCAUGAGAGAUGGAAACCCUACAGAAGUAGACAAUGGCUACAAGAGCUAUGAAAACACCACAGUGUGGCUGCUAAGUACCAUCAACUGCCUCAUCAUAGCACUGGUGUUUUCCAAGGGAAGGCCUUUUAGGCAACCUAUCUACACCAACUAUGUGUUCAUACUCGUGCUUGUAGGGCAACUGGGUGUUUGCCUCUUUCUGGUGUUUGCUGAUAUUGAUGAUCUCUACUCUAAGAUGGAUCUGGUUUGCACCCCCACCACAUGGCGGAUCUCCAUGGUGAUGAUGCUGGCAGUCACACUGGCUGUGUCCUUUCUUGUUGAGGAAGCCAUCAUUGAGAACAGAGCCCUGUGGCUGCUGCUGAAGAGGACUUUUCAGUACCACUCCAAGAGCCAUUACAAGAGGCUUCAGCAGGUGUUAGAACAGGACGCAGCCUGGCCACCUCUGAAUGAAACCUUUUUCCCAGAUUCUGUGGCAGUAUCAGUAGAGGAAGAUAUGGGAGGCCAUAGCAAUCCAACAUUUGACAGCAACGAGGAUGCACUAUGAAGAAGAAUGCAGUGGAAAGAUGUUAAAGAUAGUCCUUCUACAGCCAACUGCAACUAUCUCAGAGACAUAAAAACUAAAGAAGGACUGACCCAUCACUACCCCCCAUUCUACUCUUAACUGGAUCUGGCUCAUUUUCCAGCUAACCAGAAGCAGAAAAGCUGGCUGCAGUAGCAGAAUUCUGUAAUGCUGUUUUUCCUCUCCUCUCAACGAGGUAGAAAUAGCUGACAGCUGCAAAUGGAGCAGCCUGGUGAAAGCUCACAAAUGGUUGAGAUGCCAUUGCUGCAUCCUUUUGAGCUGCAUUGUGAGUUCCAGGGAUGCUUCACUCAUUGUGAAGAAUUUCUUCUCAAGUACAUGAAUGCAACACACUGAGUAUUUCUGCUAAGUUCAUCUACUCAAGAAAGCAGCUUUGAUGAGCAUGUGUUUUCUUACUCUUAUUUUGAUGCUAGGCUGACUUUCUGCUCACCAUGUUUUGCAAACCUGCCCACGGGUGGGUACAGCAAAACAGUAUGGCUUCAGACCAAGGGGAACACUUAGUCCUUUGGGAAAGGUGUGUGUGGGUGUUGUCCCCUCUGAACUGAGUGCACAAUUUGUUAUUUAAAAGAAGUAGCUUGCCCAUGCAUUUCCUGGGUAGGGCUGAGGAAUGCUUUCUGAGAACCUCAGCAUUGGAGACUGUGCGUUCCUAAAAUUCAAUGCUAAACCACUCUUGCACUGACACAGAAAUCCAGAGAUUGAGGCAGGCUAG